CCUUGGUGGCGGCAGCUUGCAUCAUGGUAGCUUGCAGCUAACUUCAUUUAUUGUCGGUACUGUCAAAAUGGCGGACGGUGAUAUAGAUUUGUACGCCGACGAUUUAGAACAAGAUUUUGCCCAGGAUGAAUUCGCUGGCGAUGGCCUCGAUUUAUACGAUGACGUUAUUGCCGCCACUGAUCGAGUGUCAAUGAGCGAAAAGAUUGAGCGACCCGAUCGAGAAAGAGAUAAUCGCUCUCCUAAUGAUGACGCUAAUGAUAAUUCCGGUUACAAUCAACUUGGAAAUAAUAUUCAUCCCAAUCAAGUCGGUCGACGACAUCAAUUAUACAUUGGAAACCUAACAUGGUGGACAACUGAUAAAGACAUUCAAGAAGCGAUUGUCGCUCUUGGCAUUACAGAUUUUAUUGAAGUGAAAUUCUUUGAGAAUAGAGCCAAUGGACAAUCGAAGGGUUUCUCUGUUGUUUCCCUUGGUUCCGAUCAGAGUAUACAAAUGUGUAUGGAUCGAUUACCAAAAACAGAACUUCAUGGACAGAAUCCUGUUGUUACUUAUCCAUCGAAACAUGCUUUGAAUCAGUUUGAAUCUCAGUGUAAAACACGUCCACCGCCGUCGCCGCAACAUAAUCAAAAUCAACGGCCACAUAAUUCUCAUCCCCAUCAACCAAUGUCGCCUCAACAUCAUUCGCAGCAUCAGCAGCAUCCUCCGCAUAUGCAACAGAAUCAUGGUCAUCGUGGAAUGAUGAUGGGACCCCCGCAGUAUGAUGGACCAAGACAAGGUCAAAGAAUUCCUCCGCCGGGAAUGGGCCCACCUGGCCCCGGCGGUCCACCCCAAGGCCCACCGCGUAUGCACGGACCACCCAUGGGUCCUGGUCCAGGUCCUCAUCAUCCUAUGCAAGGACAUCCGAAUCAAGGUCCACCGCCUCCUGGUUAUCAGCAGGGACCUUGGAAUGGUCCACGACCUAAUGGGCCAAGAGGUCCAAAUGGUCCCGGACAACAAGGAAUGCCCGGUCCCGGACCCGGCCAACGUCCACCACCCGGAAUGGUCAACGAAUUCCAGUUUCAUGGAGGUCCACCGGGACCUAUGAAUCAGGGACCACCUCGAGGCCCACCUGGACAUCCUGGCCCGCCCGGUGAACUUAGAGGAGCUCCUCCUAGAGGCGCUGAGUGGAAUCGUCCUCCAGGAAUGAUGCCAGGACCUGGAGGAAUGCCACCGGGACAUGGAAUACCACCUCAAGGGCCACCGGGACCACCGGGGGGACCAGCACCACAUGUAAAUCCCGCUUUCUUCCAACAGGGUCCUUCACAUCAGGGUCCACCUGGACCACCACAUGGACCAGCGCAUGGACCUGCUCCUCACAAUUACGGUCCUCCUGCGCAGGCACCUUACGGAGCACCUGGAGCGGAUCAUCGUGCGGAGGCCCACUCAACGCUUUCUGAACUCGAAUUUGAGGAAAUAAUGGGACGCAAUCGAACCGUUUCGUCGUCGGCAAUUGCGAGAGCUGUCUCCGACGCUGCUGCCGGAGAGUACGCGAGUGCAAUUGAAACACUCGUCACUGCUAUAUCGUUAAUAAAACAAUCGAAAGUCGCUGGUGACGAUCGAUGCAAAAUUCUCAUCAGUUCACUUCAAGAUACAUUGCGCGGCAUUGAAACAAAAAGCUACGGCUCUGCAAGAAGAGAUCGUUCGCGUUCACGAGACCGUGAUCGAAAUCAUAGACGACGUCGCGAGAGAUCAAGAUCAAGGGAUCGAGAAUAUAGAGAACGAAGUCGAGAUAGAGAUCGAGACAGGGAUCGCGAGAGGGAGAGAGAGCGCGAGAAGGAGAGAUAUUAUAAUGAAGGCUAUCCCAGAGAAAGAUCUCGAAGUCGUGAGAGGGAACGUGAACGCGAGAGGGAAUAUCGAGAACGAAGUCGGGAAGAAAGUUCAACGAGACAGGGAUCAUCUAGAGUGAGGCCAAAGGAAGAACCCACUGAAACACCAGCCGUUUCGUCUUCUAAGUCAUCAUCUAGAUAUUACGAUGAGCGUUACAGAGAACGUGACAGGGAAAGGGGGGAACGUGAGCGAGAGAGAGAAACGACAUCGCGACGACCAACAGAAAGAGAACGUGAACCUGAACGUGAAAGAGAAAGAGAACGCGAACGGCGAGAAGACGAUACUACGCAUCGUUCAAGGCAUUGAAAAAUCGCAAAUUUUACCGCGAUUUUAUUAUUAUUAUUAUUAUUUUUUUAAUGAAAAAAGCAUUUAAAAAGAAAAACACAUUUUUAUCCAUUUUUGAGCGUUAUUUUAUAUAUUACGCGUAACAAUUAUAUAAUUUACGAUACUUUUCAUUAAAAGUAAGUGUGACAGAACAAAGGUAAAUUUUUCUAAUGCAUUUUUCAAAAAUAAUACUUGAAUGAUCGUUUUUAAGGAUUCUCGCAAUUCUUUAAUAUUUAUAAGACAUUAAUUUGUUUUUCCUCCAAAUGUGUAGGUAUUAUUAAGGUUAUAUAUAUAUUUAUAGUUAUUAUAAAUAUAUAUAUACACACAAAAAUAUAUAAAUAUACAUUUAUAUAAAUAUAUUGUAAUCCCGAUAUCAGUCGGGAAAAUAAAUAUUUGUUUUAUGCGCCGUUGAACAGUUGGAAAA